AUGCUAUCCGAUACUGUCAGAAAUACUGAACAAUUUGGUGGAAGCAGAAAAUAUAUUCGACGUAAAUCCAGUAGCUGCUGGGAAAUACCUACAAAAGAAGCUUCAAAAUUCGCUAAAAUUCGUAAUGACGAUAAAGGCAUUGAAGUGGAAAUUAACUUAGAUUCAUUUCCACAUUUUCAUCCCGAAGAUAUUGAUGUUUGCGUUACAGGAUAUGAUUUACAAAUCUUUGCACAAAAGGACAACCCCAAUAACCCAAAUUAUCCUUCAAUAUCACUUUCACGUCAGUAUCGUCUUCCAGAUGAUAUCGAUCUUGACAGCGUGAAAAUCGUCAGACCUGACAGAAGAGCUAGCCAAAUAAAAGUGCGAGCAGAUAAGGUCCAGUUGGCCGAUUGA